ACCCGGUUGCUACGGACCUCUGGAUAUACGUCACCUUUAUUAGUUACAAUGCCAUCCUAGCUUUGAUCUUUUGUUAGAUAGCCUGCAUUUACGUCAGCCUAAUAGGACUUGCUUGAGGCUGCUUCCGUGACGCUCUACAGCGAUCCACGAGAAUCAUGGGGCCGUUACGCGACCAGCCCCAGGCGGCAGCGCCAGCUGACGAGCAAAAGCAGCGCAAGUCGCGGCUAAAUGAAGACAGUAGCCCCUCCUCUUCAGCCGUGAACGCCAUUCCCAACCUCCUAGUCAUGACGAUUACCGCUGCUGCCGCCGUACUUUGCUCCUGGGCUGCCGUACAUCUGUUUGGCCAGCGGCGGCGUCAGCGUCAGCGGCAGUGGGGUCGCGUGGACUGUGGUUGGCGGCCUCAGGAGGGUUUCCGUGUGGUGUUUGCUGACACCAGCGAUAAACCCUUUCCCCACCUGCCGCCCCAACCUUGCGAGGUUGGGGCUCUGGAUGGCGGCGGCGGCAGCACCGGAAGCAUCGUAAUAACCAGUACGAAGGACGGAGACGGUGCCUCCGCCAGCAUUGCAGCGACAAACACGUCUGCUACGCCCACAGCGGCAGUAGCGGCGGUGGCGGUGGCGGCGGAGGCAGGACUAACAACUGCAGUUCCAGAGCCCGCUACUGGCGGCGCCAGCAUCCCCGCCGUCGUCACUCCCACAACAGCUGGAGUCGUACAUCCCUACCUGCCCCACAUCCAACGCCUCAUGGCGGCAACCCACUGUGCCGUACGACGCCACCCGCUGCCGCCACCGCCAC